AUGUAUCUGCCACGCGAUCUCAUAUCUAAACUGUAUAUUAAUCUUCAGAAUACCCGCCAUCCACUCUCGCCUCCGGUCCUCAUUCUUGUCGCCCUCGAACCCGACGCCUUGUGUGCCUGUCGCAUUCUUACACGGCUUCUCAAACAUGACUAUAUUCCACACAAGAUCCACCCAGUCGCUGGGUAUGGAGACCUCGAACGUGCAGGAACCGAGCUCGUCAGCCCGAUGAUGGAGACGCGUGGGGGUACGGGUGGAGUUGUCGUAUGUCUCGGCGUAGGGGGUAUGGUCGAUAUGGGAACGAUCCUAGGACUCGAACUCGAGGGUGAAGAGUCGAGUUUUAGUGGUGUCGAAGUAUGGGUUAUCGACUCUCACCGGCCAUGGAACCUUGGCAAUAUCUUCGGCGGAUAUCCCUUGGAGCCUGCCUCUGCUAGUGCAAACCACAAAGCUCGUGCCCCUGAGGGUGUAACGUCCGGUCGAGUCGGCCACUCAUAUAAGCCUGGAAAAGGUGGAAUCAUAGUGUUUGAUGAUGGUGAUAUUGACGAAGGGCUGAAUGCUGAACGGGACGCUUAUCUGGCAUUGGUCGACAUGCCUGAUAUUGAAGAUGAUGGCGAGCCAUAUGGGGACAGCGACUCCGAAAGUGAAGGUCAACCAGAAGAUGAUUCGCCGCGCUCCGGUCAGAAAAGGAAGUCCUGGUCAGACCGAGAUGAUGAGAGCAGUGGUGAUGAGGAUGACCGACCACGACAGAGGAGAAGAAGUAAUUCGUCUACGCCAAUUCCAGAAUCGCCCCAACGCCCACCCCAACGAGGACUGAUAUCCAUACGCGAUUCUGACAUAGUACGCUCAGAUGAUGCAGACGACCCACCAUCCGCAGCCCAACCCCCUAAAGCCCCAUCGGCUCGUACUCUUCGUAGAAGAUUAUUAAGAAUGCGCAGCGAAAACGAGGGCAUUCUUCGUAAAUAUUACCGAAUGGGGUCUUCGUACUCCGAACCCAUUAGUGCAAUGGUCUACUCUCUCGCAUCUGAGUUGGGUCGGGAAGACAAUGAUUUGCUUUGGUUAGCAAUAGUUGGUGUUACGUCUAUGGAGCUAUACGGUCGUUCGUCAGCUGGUCUUGCUGUCAUGGUUAGAGGUUCCGACGCAAGGCCAACAAAUGGCUGGAUGGGAGUUCGCGGUGCCCGAAUACGCCAGCUCCUGAGGGAUGAAGUAAGACGUCUUAAUCCACCGGAUAUAGGGAAAAUAUCGGCAGCAGACAGUGUUGGUAUUAUCCCCACUACAGCUCGGAGUCCUGAGGAUACAAGUAUUCGUUUAUCCCCCGAGCCAAAAUUCUUGCUUAUUCGACAUUGGAGUCUCUACGAUAGUAUGCUCCAUUCACCUUACCUUUUUUCAAGGCUGCGCAUUUGGAGCGAAAGUGGCCUAAAGCGUUUGCAUAAAUUACUUGCUAAAAUGGGUGUGAGCUUGGUUCAAUGCAAGCAGAGUUACACACACAUGGACAUGAUGUUAAAAAAAGAGUUACGCACGAAGCUUUUAAAAUAUGCGUCACUAUAUAACCUUGACGAUAUGGUACCUUCGGUAGAAACGGAUGGUAGGGAUCGAGCCGGCGCCAAGGACGGAUGGGGUUUCGUCCGAAGCUGGGGCUGGCGAGCUACUCUCAGCGCACAAGAUGUGGGGGUUAUCAUCGGUGCUAUGCUUGAGGUAGGCAAACACAGCGCUAUCACCGAUGAUGAGGGCAAUAUCCGAGCAAGCCAAUUGCAAGAAUUGGAAGAUUACGACGGAGUAGCUGAAGCACAGGAAUGGGUUAGUCGGUUCUGGGAAGCGUACGAUGCGCUCGAGAAUGUUGAUGCCCUUAAAACCGGUCUGCCCACAGCACAGCAUCUUCAUCGCGCUAUUUUCCGAACGGGAACCUCGCUUAUCGGGAAAAGACAAAUUAAACACUUACAUGCCUUCCGGCUCUGUGUCAUCAAGGAUGGUCCAGACGUUCCCCUAUUCACCCACCCUGCUGCGCUCACAAAACUUGCGCUUUGGGUCGGGGAGGCUCUUGCUGAACAGGAGAAGGAUGCCAAUGGCAAGUUAGCACAUGGCGGACGUGGUACGCCACUUGUUGUAGCAAGCUUGCAUGAAAAACGAGGUGUUUACGUGGUAGUAGGCACUGGCGGUGGUGGUGGGCCCGACAUGGCUUUCUUGGAUAAGGAAGCAGCUAAAGAGAAAAAGGCGUCCAAGGAGGCCAAAGCUAAAGCAAAGGAACAAAAGCGUCAGAAUAAAGCGAAGAUCAGAGAAGAAAAACGAGCCGCAAGAGCUGCCGCAGGAGACGACGAGGAAGACGAGGAAGAAACGGAAGAUGAAGAGAGUGAUGCCUCAGACUCAGACGACGAGGAUGACAUUGAAGAACGGAAGGACCGUGGUUACGGAUUGAAUAAAUUCGGCAGUGCCUUCCAGGACGUCGUCAAUGAGACCAAUGCUCGGGUGCGAAUUGACAGUUUUGAGCACUGUGUCGUCGAAGUUCGAAAAGACGACCUCGGCGGGUUCCUGGAGAAUUUAAGCCAAAAAACUGUCGUGGGUUAA